UGUUGCCCUCUAGUAGGGACUCCAGCUCUUGGACUCCUGCUUCAGGUGAAAACAAUGAUAUGAUUUCUCUUCGGUUGGUUGUAUUCCUGUUGUCAGUUUGUUCCCCUUUGUCCACGCGUGUAAAUGGUGACCUGGCUUGCCAUCCAGAUGAGUUUACUUGCUCCAGUGGCAGAUGUGUUUCCAAAACAUUUGUCUGCAAUGGUGCAGAUGACUGUGGUGAUGGAAGUGAUGAAGGCAGCUGUAUUCUAUAUUCUUGUGGCCCACAUGAGUUUCGGUGCAGUAGUUCUGAAUGCAUCCCCCUGAGUUGGUUGUGUGAUACACACGCAGAUUGUGCUGACCAAUCGGAUGAAUCUCCAGGCCACUGUGGGCAUGUGCUGCCUUCAGUUGUGACCUGUUCUCCUACAGACUUCCUGUGUGAUUCUGGUGAAUGCAUUCAUCAUCUGUGGUUAUGUGAUGGUGACAGUGACUGCAAAGAUGGAAGUGAUGAAGCCAAUUGCUCACUUAAGAUCUGCAAGCCUGAUUAUUUUAAAUGUGGUGCUAGCUGUAUUCCUGAAAGCAAGAAGUGUGAUGGUUUUAAGGAUUGCACUGAUGGUAGUGAUGAAUUUGACUGCAAGAGUAAGUAUGCAAUUUCUUUCAUGACUAACCUUUAAUUCCUUGCUUCAACUUUUUUUAAAAAACAAAAACUAUUCCUCAUUCCAGUUCCAGCCUGCACUGGACCUUUUGACUUCAGAUGCCAAAGUGGAGAAUGCAUAAAUGUAUCCAAACUGUGCAACCGGCAACAAGAUUGCAAGGACUGGAGUGACGAACCCCUCAGCCAAUGUAAUUUGAAUGAAUGCUUGCUGAGCAAUGGUGGCUGUUCUCACAUCUGCAGAGAUCUUCCCAUUGGUUAUGAAUGUGAAUGUCCUCCUGGCUUUGAACUGCUUGACAGAAAAUCCUGUGCAGAUAUUGAUGAAUGUCAGAAUCUGGAGACUUGCAGUCAAAUCUGCUUCAAUUUGAAGGGGAGCUUUAAAUGUGACUGUCACAAAGGAUAUCACCUGGAUCCACUCAGUGGGGUUUGCAAGGCUCUAGGUUAUGAACCUAGUUUAAUUUUUGUCAAUCGCCAUGAUAUCAGGAAAAUUGGUUUGCAGCACCUGGAAUACACUCGAGUGGUUGACCAGUUAAGAAAUGCUGUAGCACUUGAUGUUGAUAUUGGAACUCGGAAAAUCUUUUGGGCUGACUUGGUAUAUCAGGCAAUAUUCAGUAAAUCAUUGGAUGAACAAGAUGGUAGAACAGCUAUCUCCAGAUCUAUUAAGGAUGUAAAAAUCCCUGUGGGAAUUGCUAUUGACUGGAUCUACAAGAACAUUUAUUGGACAGAUGUGGGCACCAAAACGCUCUCUGUGGCCAACUUUGAUGGAACCAAAAGGAAGAUCCUUUUUCGAACUGAUAUGAGGGAACCAGUGUCUGUAGUUGUUGAUCCACUAACUGGGUUUAUAUUCUGGUCAGACUGGGGUGAGCCAGCAAAGAUCGAAAAAGCAGGAAUGAAUGGUGCUGCCCGCCAGCUGUUGGUUACCAGAGAGAUUCAGUGGCCAAAUGGCAUUGUACUGGACCUUGUGAAAAGACGUCUCUAUUGGGUUGAUUCAAAGCUGCACAUGUUAUCAAGUGUAGAUCUAAAUGGUCAAGAUAGAAGAACUAUAUUGCAGUCUGGAGAAUUCCUUGGCCAUCCUCUUGCCAUAUCUGUGUUUGAGGAUCGUGUCUUUUGGAUUGACAGCGAGAAUGAAAACAUUUAUAGUGCCGACAAGUUCACAGGAGCUGAUGUAGUAACUUUGGCUUCCAAUCUUGAUGAACCUCAUGAUAUUAUUGUUUAUCAUGAUUUAAUUCAGCCAUCAGGCAAAAACUGGUGCAAUGAGAGUUUUAAUGGAGGCUGUGAAUACCUGUGUCUUCCUGCUCCUCAGAUCAGUAUUAAUUUGACUAAAUUCACCUGUGUUUGUCCAGAUGGUAUGCAAUUAGUUGAAGAUGGAAAACAGUGUAUAAAUGCCUCAACUGCCACCUGUGGAUUAUCAGACUUCAUAUGUCAUAAUGGCCAAUGCUUACCUGAUAAAUGGAAGUGUGAUGGUGAUGUGGAUUGUGAAGAUGGAUCUGAUGAAAACCCAGCACUUUGCUACACAGGUACCUGUGCUGUUGAUGAAAUCCACUGUGGCCCUGGGUCACUUAAGUGUAUCCCAGUCUCUUGGGAGUGUGAUGGGGAGAAGGACUGUGAAACUGGAUAUGAUGAGGAGGAUUGUGGCAAUCUUUCUUGCAGUACAGAAGAGUUUACUUGCUCCAUUGGCAGAUGCAUUUCCAUGGCAUUUGUGUGUAAUGGUAAAAAUGACUGUGCUGAUGGCAGUGAUGAAAAGGGCUGCCCUUCACUUUCCUGUGGUCCACAUGAGUUUCGUUGUAACAAUUCUGAAUGCAUCCCUUUCAGUUGGGUUUGUGACACCAAUGUUGAUUGCUCUGAUCAAUCUGAUGAAUCUCCAGUACAGUGUGGACGUAUUCCUUCUCUUGCAACCUGCUCUCCUGAUGAGAUCCAUUGUGAAUCUGGUGAAUGUAUCCACGUUAGAUGGUACUGUGAUGGUGAUAUGGACUGUAAAGAUGGAAGUGAUGAAGUCAACUGCUCUUCUCUGAUGUGCCAGCCAGAUUCCUUUCAAUGUGGCAAUGGCAACUGCAUUUCAAAAAGCAAGCAAUGUAAUGGAUUUAAGGAUUGCUUUGAUGGCAGCGAUGAGUUGAACUGUAAGAAUGGUAAGUAUACAAUUCAACUAGGUGGGAAUUAAUGCUCAUCACUAGAAAUUUUCUGACCUGCAUUUGUUCCUCAAGAAUGCACAGGAGCCAAUGACUUCAAAUGUCGAAGCGGUGAAUGCAUAGAUCAAGUCAAAGUAUGUAAUCGGCAUCCAGAUUGCAAGGAUUGGAGUGAUGAGCCUCUCAAGCUAUGCCACCUAAAUGAAUGCUUGGUGAACAAUGGUGGUUGCUCCCACAUCUGCCGAGAUCUUGUCAUUGGUUAUGAAUGUGAUUGCCCUGCUGGCUUUGAGUUGAUUGAUGGAAAAAUCUGUGAAGAUAUUAAUGAGUGUGAAAAUCCUGGCAUCUGUAGUCAAAUUUGUAUUAAUUUGAAAGGAAGCUACAAAUGUGGAUGCUUUGCAGGCUAUCGCUUGGAUUCAAUUAAUCAAGUCUGCAAGGCAGUAGGAGGCAAGUAUUGCAAAGAGCCUUAUCUGAUCUUCACAAAUCGCCAUGACAUCCGGAAGCUAGGACUACAUCACCAGGAAUACACCCAAGUUGCUGCACAGCUGAGAAAUGCUGUAGCAUUGGAUGCUGAUGUUACAGAGGAGAGAAUCUUCUGGGCUGAUGUGGGCCAGCAGGCAAUCUUCAGUUUGUCCAUGCAUGGGAAGAAAAUCCUUGAUGUUUCAAGAAUCCUUAAGGAUGUAAACAUUCCAAAGGGGAUUGCAGUGGACUGGAUCUAUAAGCGCAUCUACUGGACUGAUUGUGGUGCUAAAACUAUAUCUGUGGCUACAUUCAAUGGAGUUAAAAGGAAGAUCCUCUUUGACACUGGUCUAAAGGAGCCAGCUUCUGUGGCAGUUGAUCCAUUCACAGGGUUUAUUUACUGGUCGGAUCUAGGAGUACCACCAAUGAUAGAAAAAGCUGGGAUGAAUGGUGUUAACAGGCAGCUUCUGGUUAACACUGAGAUUGAAUCACCAAAUGGUAUUGCACUUGAUCUCGUGAAAAGUUCUCUUUAUUGGGUUGACUCCAAACUGCACUUGUUGUCAAGUAUUGACUUAAAUGGACAAAACAGAAGAACAGUACUUUCAUCCUUUGAAUUCCUUGCUCAUCCUUGUGCUGUUACAGUAUUUGAGGAUCAUGUAUUCUGGACUGAUGAAAUAAAUGCAGUCAUUUAUGGAGCCAACAAAUAUACAGGAGAAGAUGUGGUGACUCUGGUUUCUAACCUUAAUCAACCUCAGGAUGUCAUUGUUUAUCACCCAUUAAUGCAGCCUUCUGGCAAAAAUUGGUGCAAUGAAAAACUGAAAAAUGGAGGUUGUGAAUACCUGUGCCUCCCUGCUCCACACAUUGAUCAGUUGCCCAGAUAUACUUGUGUGUGUCCUUCUGGAAUGGAUACGGAAAAUGAAAGGCAGUGCAAAGCAGCUAAUAUCACCUGUCAUGAGACUGAUUUUACCUGUCUUGAUGGGCAAUGUAUACCUGGUAAAUGGCAGUGUGAUGGCAAUGCUGACUGUGAAGAUGGAUCUGAUGAGGCUCCAGAAAUCUGUCAUAUGAGAACCUGUCGUAUGAAUGAAAUCAGCUGUGGCACUGACUCCCUUCAGUGUAUUCCUAUUGAUUGGAAAUGUGAUGGUGAAAGAGACUGCAUUUCAGGCAGUGAUGAAGAGAACUGUGGCAACCUUACAUGUGGUCAAGAAGAAUUUACUUGCUCCAGUGGCAAAUGCAUUUCCAUAUUAUUUAUCUGCAAUGGUGAAGAUGACUGUGGUGAUGAAAGUGAUGAAAGAAGCUGUGUUCCACCAGUCUGUGGCCCACAUGAGUUUCGGUGCAAUAGUUCCGAAUGCAUUCCCAUGGGCUGGGUAUGUGAUACCAAUGCUGAUUGCAAUGACCAAUCUGAUGAAUCUCCUGAACAUUGUGGGCAUAUUUCCUUUCCUCCUGUGAUUUGCCCUCCUGGUGAAUUUCAUUGUGGUUCUGGUGAAUGCAUUCACAGUAAGUGGCAGUGUGAUGGUGAUGCAGACUGCAAAGAUAGAAGUGACGAAAUCAAUUGUGCUCCACUAACAUGUGGACCAGAUGACUUCAGAUGUGGUAGUGGAGACUGUGUCCAUGAAAAUAAAUUGUGUGAUGGAUUUAAAGACUGUACUGAUGGUAGUGAUGAAGCCAACUGCAAGAGUGAUUGCACGGGACCAAAUGACUUCAGAUGUCAAAGUGGAGAAUGCAUAGAUGUGUCUCAAGUGUGUAAUCAACAUAAAGAUUGCAAGGACUGGAGUGAUGAACCCUCUAAAGGGUGUAAUGUAAAUGAAUGUUUAAUGAACAAUGGAGGUUGUUCACAUAUCUGCAAAGAUCUCCUUAUUGGGUACAAAUGUGAAUGUCCUACAGGAUUUCAACUGUCUGCAAUGGACUGUGUAGAUAUAGAUGAAUGUCAAAAUCCUGCAACAUGCAGUCAAAUUUGCAUCAAUUUGGAGGGAAGUUACAAAUGUGAAUGUCACCAAGGAUAUCAAAUGGAUCCUGCUACUGGGAUUUGCAAAGCUGUUGGGAAAGAACCAUAUUUGAUCUUCACAAAUCACCAUGACAUCAGGAAGCUAGGUCUGCAUCACCGAAAAUACACUGAGUUGGCAGUGCAGCUGAGAAAUGCUGUAGCACUGGAUGCUGAUAUUGCAGAACAGAGAAUCUUCUGGGCUGACUUGGAUCAGCAGGCUAUCUUCAGUAUUUCCAUCAAUACAUGGAAUGGCAGAGCUGAUGCCUCCAGAGUGGUCAAGGAUAUAGACUUCCCUGUGUCAAUUGCUGUGGACUGGGUUUACAAGCACCUCUACUGGACUGACCGUGGUACAAAGACAAUAUCUGUAGCUACGUUUGAUGGAAGCAAAAGAUUGACCCUCUUUGAUACCGACCUGAAGGAGCCAGGUUCUAUUGCAGUUGAUCCACUAUCAGGGUUUGUUUACUGGUCAGAUUGUGGUGAACCAGCAAAGAUAGAAAAAGCAGGAAUGAAUGGUAAUGGUCGGCAACUCCUGGUUUCCAGAGAGAUUCGGUGGCCAAAUGGUAUUGCACUUGAUCUUGUGAAAGGUCGUCUUUAUUGGGUUGACGCCAAACUUCAUACAUUGUCGAGCAUUGACCUGAGUGGUCAGGAUAGAAUCACUGUGCUGCAUUCACAGGAAUUCCUUGCUCAUCCUUUGGCACUUUCUGUAUUUCAGGAUAGUGUCUUUUGGAUUGAUGGGAAGAAUGAAGCCAUCCAUAAAGCUAACAAGUUCAGUGGAAAAGAUCUUGUAACUGUGAUCUCUAAUCUGAAUAGACCUCAAGAUCUUAUUGUUUAUCAUGAAUUAAUGCAACCAUCAGGAGGAAACUGGUGCAAGGUGGAUUCAAAGCAUGGAGCUUGUGAUUACAUGUGUAUGCCUGCACCUCAAAUUAGUAUUAAUUCAGAAAAAUCUACCUGUAUGUGUCCUUCUGGAAUGAUACUGGAAGGUGGACAGUACUGUAGAAAAGCUAUUGUGAUUUGCAGUUCAUCUGACUUUGUGUGCCUUAGUGGACAAUGUGUGCUUAACAAAUGGCAAUGUGAUGGUAAAGCCGAUUGUGAAGAUGGAUCUGAUGAAAAUUCAGAAACCUGUCAUGCAGAGAUUUGCCAAAUCCAUGAAACCAGCUGUGGCCCAGGAUCACAUCAAUGUAUUCCUAUCUCUUGGAAAUGUGAUGGAGAAAAGGACUGUGGUAAUGGCAAUGAUGAAGAGAACUGUGGCAUUCUCACCUGCAGUCCAACAGAGUUUACCUGCUCUAGUGGCAAAUGCAUAUCAAAAACUUUUGUGUGUAAUGGUGACGAUGACUGUGGUGAUGGAAGUGAUGAACAAGGCUGUGCUCCACCUUCCUGUGGCCCACAUGAAUUUCACUGCAAUAGCUCAGAAUGCAUCCCAUUGAGUUGGGUAUGUGAUACUAAUGCUGAUUGUGCUGAUCAAUCUGAUGAAUCUCCAAACCGGUGUGAACACAUCCAUCCUCCUCUGACUUGUUCUCCAAAUGAAAUUCAAUGUGGUUCGGGUGAAUGCGUCCAUAGUAAUUGGUUCUGUGAUGGAGAUGCUGACUGCAAAGAUGGAAGUGAUGAAAUUAAUUGCCCCCCUCGUACGUGUAGACCAGAUCAUUUCAGAUGUGGUGAUGGUGCCUGCAUUCAGAAUCACAGAAAAUGUAAUGGGCAAAGAGACUGUCUUGAUGGCAGUGAUGAGUCUGGCUGUAAAAGUGCUGCACUGUGCAUAGGACCUACUGACUUCAGAUGUGGAAGUGGAGAAUGCAUUAAUAUAACACAAGUGUGCAAUCAACAUCAGGACUGCAGAGACUGGAGUGAUGAACCUGCCAAAAAAUGUAAUGUGAAUGAAUGCCUAGUGAACAAAGGUGGCUGUUCUCAUAUCUGCAAGGAUCUGGUUAUUGGCUAUAAAUGUGAUUGUCCUACAGGUUUUGAAUUAAAUGAGAGAACCUGUGUUGAUGUUGAUGAAUGUGAAAAUCCUGGGACCUGCAGUCAAACUUGCAUCAAUUUGGAGGGAAGCUUUCUGUGUGAAUGCCAAAGUGGAUAUCAUAAUGAUCCAGCCAGUGGAACUUGCAAGGCUGUAGGAGAAGAACCCUACUUGAUCUUCACCAAUCGCCAUGAUAUCAGGAAGCUGGGAUUGCGUCACAAAGAGUAUGGACUGGUGCUCGCCCACCUGAGAAAUGCUAUGGCACUUGAUGCUGAUGUUGCAGAGAAGAGAAUCUUCUGGGCUGAUUUGGGAGAGCAAGCAAUCUUUGGUAUGCUAAUGGACAGCCACAAAGGCAAAGCUGAUAUUUCCAGAAUUGUUAACAACGUACGCAUUCAUGUGGGAAUUGCAGUGGACUGGAUUUACAGCAAUGUAUACUGGACUGAUAUGGGUGCCAGAACCAUAUCUGUAGCGAGCUUUGAUGGAGGAAGAAUGAAGACGCUGUUUGACAGUAACUUGAGGGAGCCAGCCUCUGUAGCUGUUGAUCCACUAUCUGGGUAUAUGUAUUGGUCAGACCAGGGUGAACCAGCAGUAAUUGAAAAAGCAGGCAUGAAUGGAAUUGAUCGCAAGCUCCUUGUGACCAGAGACAUCCAAUGGCCAAAUGCCAUUGCACUUGAUCGUGUGAAAAACAGACUCUACUGGGUUGACUCAAAGCUGCAGACAAUGUCAAGUGUAGACCUGGCUGGAGAGGACAGAAGAACCGUGCUUUCUUCACAUGAACUUCUUGCUCAUCCCUUUGGUCUGUCCCUGUUUGAGGACCAAAUCUUCUGGACUGAUUGGGGGCAUAAUGCUAUUUAUGGAGCUAACAAAUUCACAGGUGAAGAUCUGAUGACUUUAGUCUCCAACCUUAAGGAAGCUCAGGAUAUCAUUGCCUAUCAUGAACUGGCACAGCCAUCAGGCAAAGAUUGGUGUAAUGAAAACUUGAAGAACGGAGGAUGCAAAUACAUGUGUCUGCCAGCUCCUCAGAUAAACAGACACUCUCCAAAGUACACCUGUGUGUGCCCAUUUGGGAUGGAGUUGCAGAAUGGACAGCACUGCAGAACAGCCAAAGCUAAUUGUGGUUCAACUGAAUUCAAGUGUCAAGAUGGGCAAUGUAUACCAAGUAAGUGGCAGUGUGAUGGAGGAGCUGAUUGUCGUGAUGGAUCUGAUGAAAGUUAUGAUGUUUGCUAUCUGAUAAAUUGCCCCACUGAUGAAAUGAAAUGUGGCCUUGGUUUUCAGUGUAUUCCAGUUUCCUGGAAAUGCAAUGGAGUAGAAGACUGUGAUGAUGGUAGUGAUGAAGAAAACUGUGAUCUAAUUACUUGCAAGCCAUCAGAGUUUACUUGUGCUAAUAGACGAUGUAUUUCCAAGGCAUUUGCAUGUAAUGGUGAAGAUGACUGUGGUGAUGGAAGUGAUGAAAGAGGCUGUGUUCCACCAGUUUGUGGCUCUCACGAGUUCCAGUGCCUUAAUUCUUCAGAGUGUAUAUCCCUGAGUUGGGUAUGUGACCACAGUGUUGAUUGUAUUGACCAGUCUGAUGAAUCUCCAGCUACCUGUGGUCACACAGCAGCUCCACUUGUCACCUGCCCUCCAAAUGAACUCCAGUGUGGUUCAGGUGAAUGUAUCCAUUACCUAUGGUAUUGUGAUGGGGAUACUGACUGCAAGGAUGGAAGUGAUGAAGCCAGCUGUCCUCCUCAAACAUGUAGACCAGAUUACUUUGAAUGUAGCGAUGGUAAAUGUAUCACUGGAAGUAGUCGAUGUAAUGGAAUUGCUGAUUGUGCUGAUGGUAGUGAUGAACUCAACUGUGAAAAGGUUGUGGAAUGUAUGGGGCCCAUGGACUUCAGGUGUCAAAGUGGUGAAUGCGUAAAUAUUAUGCAAGUCUGUGAUCAGCAGCAGGAUUGCAAAGACUGGAGUGAUGAACUCUUGGGAAAAUGCAAUGUGAAUGAAUGCUUGUCAAACAACGGAGGUUGUUCUCACAUUUGUCAGGACCUUGUCAUUGGCUAUGAAUGUGACUGCCCUACUGGCUUUAUAUUGGUUAAUAAAACAUGUGAAGAUAUUGAUGAAUGUAAAGAUCCUGACACCUGCAGUCAACUUUGUAUUAACUUGGAAGGAAGCUACAAGUGUGAGUGUCAUAAAGGAUAUCACAUGGAUCUAACUAACUGGGUUUGCAAGUCGAUGGGAAAAGAGCCUUUCUUGAUCUUCACUAAUCACCAUGAUAUCCGGAAGUUAGGGCUACAUCACCAGGAGUACACCCAAUUACCUCUGCAGCCAAGAAAUGCCAUAGCACUGGAUGCUGAUAUUGCAGAGGAGAUAAUCUUCUGGGCUGACCUGGCACAGCAAGCUAUUUUCAGUGUGUCCUUGGAUAAAUGGGAACAUCCAACUCUGAUUUCCAGAAUUCAGGUUCUAGGAUCCCCUGCAGGAAUUGCAGUGGAUUGGGUCUACAAGCAUAUCUAUUGGACUGAUCGAGGUGAUAGGACGAUAUCUGUGGCUACUUUUAAUGGAAGCAAAAGGAAGGUUCUUUUCGACACAGACUUGAGAGAGCCAGCUUCUAUAGCGGUUGAUCCAAUAACUGGGUUUGUUUACUGGUCAGACUGUGGUGAACCAGCAGUGAUUGAAAAAGCAGGAAUGAAUAGUGCUAACCGCCAACAACUUGUUACUAGAGAGAUUCAGUGGCCAACUGGCAUUACACUUGAUCUUGUGAAAAGCCGUUUGUAUUGGGUUGAUUCAAAGCUGCACAUGUUAUCAAGUGUAGGCCUAAAUGGUCAGGAUAGAAGAACAGUGCUGUGGUCACUAGAAUUCCUUAUUCAUCCUUCUGCUAUUGCUGCAUUUGAGGAUACAGUCUUCUGGAUUGAUGGGGAGACCAAAGCAGUCUAUGAAGUUAACAAGUAUGCAGGGGAUGUAGAUGUUUUGGCUUCCAACCUUCAUGAACCUCGGGACAUUAUUGUCUACAGUGAGCUGUUACAGCCACUUGGUAAAAAUUGGUGUAGCAGAAAUAAGAAUGGAGGCUGUGAAUUCAUGUGCCUUCCUGCUCCUUGGUUUAACAGCCAAUCACAGAAAUACACAUGCGUGUGUCCACUUGGAAAGGAGCUGGAUCUGAAUGGACGGUCGUGUAGAAUAGCAAAGCAACAUAGAACUGCUACAGAAACUACAACAUUGAUGUCUACCUUGUCCUCUGUUACUUCUAAACUACUGUCUUCUAAUCUUCAUACAACAGUUACAUUGCCUGAAGGUAAAAAUUCAAGUGCUAUCCUUGAAGAGCACAAAUCCAUGAAUGGCUCCAGAAUUGGUUGGAUUGCACUUGCGAUUUUGCUUGUUACCAUGGCUGUUGCAGCUGGCUACAUUAAAUGGCAGGAUUGGCAAAGGAAGACCCAGCAAAACAUGAAUUUUGAAAAUCCAGCCUUUCAGUAUGAUUGAUUGCAGAAGCCAUAACAUGCAAUUUUAAUGUUUUGUCAGUAUUUAAUUAGCUUAAUGGCUAGUGAAACAAAAUGUGAAUAUUUUAA